GGAGGGGUUAAGCUACCGUUGCGCAGACGCAGUUAUAUCUGGACGUUAGCCACGCCGGAGAAAGAAGAGGAAGCGUAGUUCCCUUCAUCAUAUAGAAUAAUAGAAACAACAUGUCCACCAGUGGAGAAAGUGAGGGAUUCGUUGUUCGCGUACGAGGCCUGCCAUGGUCCUGUUCAACAGAGGAAGUCCAGAGGUUUUUUUCUGACUGCAAAAUCGUCAAUGAUGCUGCUGGCAUUCACUUCACUUACACCAGGGAAGGAAGACCAAGUGGAGAGGCGUUUGUAGAACUGGAAACAGAAGAGGACUUGAAAAUUGCAGUUAAAAAGGAUAGGGAGACCAUGGGACAUCGAUACGUUGAAGUAUUUAAAUCUAACAAUGUUGAAAUGGAUUGGGUUCUGAAACACACUGGUCCUAACUGCCCUGAGUCAGCUGGUGAUGGUUUAGUAAGACUCAGAGGUUUACCUUUUGGAUGCAGCAAAGAAGAAAUUGUUCAGUUUUUUUCAGGGUUGGAAAUCGUGCCAAAUGGGAUAACAUUGCCGGUGGACUUCCAGGGGAGGAGUACGGGGGAGGCCUUCGUGCAGUUUGCUUCACAGGAUAUAGCUGAAAAGGCUCUAAAGAAACACAAGGAAAGAAUAGGGCACAGGUAUAUUGAAAUUUUCAAGAGCAGUCGAGCAGAAGUGCGUACCCAUUAUGAACCCCCACGAAAGUCAAUGGGCAUGCAGAGACCUGGGCCAUAUGACCGGCCUGGGGGUGGCAGAGGUUACAGUAACAUGGGACGAGGCGGAUCAUUUGACCGGAUGCGUCGGGGCGGAUAUGGUGGUGGCUAUGGUAGUUAUGAUGACUACAAUGGAUACAGUGAUGGCUAUGGUUUUGGCUCCGAUCACCGUUUUGGACGAGGUACUGAAGGGGUUUCUGAUGGUAGAUACGGGGAUGGCACCUCCACUUUUCAGAGUACGACUGGUCACUGUGUGCAUAUGAGGGGUUUACCAUACCGUGCUACUGAGACUGACAUUUACAAUUUCUUUUCACCACUUAAUCCGGUCAGAGUUCACAUAGAGAUUGGUCCUGAUGGAAGAGUAACAGGGGAGGCAGAUGUUGAGUUUGCUACCCAUGAAGAUGCUGUAGCAGCUAUGUCUAAAGACAAAGCAAAUAUGCAGCACAGAUAUGUUGAACUUUUUUUGAAUUCGACUGCUGGUGGAAACAACGGAGCAUAUGGAAAUCAGAUGAUGGGAGCAAUGGCUAACCAGUCAACAUAUGGGCCCAGUAAUCAGCAAAUGGGAGGUGGUUAUACAGGUGGCUAUAAUAAUCAAACCAGCAUGGGUGGCUACGGUGAGUACAGCCUGGAUGGUAAACAAAUCUAUGAUGUAACGUGCCAUAAAAAUGACUCCUCCGUCGAAAGCUAUUGGUCGACAAAUCCACAACAACAUGAUUGGUCCGCAAUCCUAACAUCAGCCGGAACAAACACGUUGCAGGAAGCUAAUGCCGGGACUUCUCAAAUCCAACAACCUAUUACUGUGAUUGCACAAAAACUUCACCCCCAUAUCUAAGAGCAGAGCCACGUCAUUACCUCAAACGGUAAUCAAAGUGGGAUGAACAGCAGCUAUUAUGGAAGUGGAAAUCGUGGCUCAAUGGGAAUGAAUGGAAUGGCUGGCAUGUCCAACAACAUGAAUAUGAGUGGAGGAUGGGGAAUGUAAUUUUUGUUUUCUUUUUUCUUUCUUUUUUUUUUUUUUUUAAGUGUACAAUUUUUUUCCAAAACGGACUGAAGCUCUGCAAUAGCCAGAUCUUGCCGAAAUGUUUGAGGGUUGCCAUUCAAAGUAAUAUGGGCUUUCAAUUUGGAAGUACAUCCUGUCAUCUUGACUGGCUGUGAUGCAGAGAGUUUCACUUUUUUAAUUGCUGGUCUUCACUUUUGUUCUGUGUACUCCUAAGUUUUAUGUAGACUCAUUUUCAGUGGUAACACAAAAGGCUUGAGGCCUCUAUCUAGUAUUAUAGGAAUUUGAGGAAGCAUCUUCUAAAGCUAAAUGUUUCAAGUGCAUGAAACACAUGCUUUUUUGUAAAUAUCAAGAUGUAAAUUGAAUUUUUUCUUUAGUUGGCAACUGGAAAGAUGUCUAGCUGACUAGGGGGUGUGAUCUGAGCUUUUUAUAUUUUCUGGGAGGGCAUGCUUGAGUUGCUUUUUUAAAAUGGUGGGAACAAGUCGCAAUACAAACCAACUGUUUUAAAAUGUCUCCCCUUUGUCAUGAAGGUAAAAAAAAAUCAGUUAAUUUUUGUGAUUGUGUAUUGCGCAAAGUAAAUAAACAUUAAUUGGUUCAAUUAUAAA